AUUUCGCUAGUCACGCAUAGUUGUUCUGUUCGUUCCCAAAGUAAAAUAAAGAGCGGAAAAGCAACCACAAUUUGAUCUUCCAUUGAAAGUGGUUAUGGUGAUUCAAUGCAAUAUUGGCCGAUCGGCGAUACAAAUUGCCUCUGCCUUCCGCCACUGCCACAUUUCUUAUCAUCUGGCAUGUUGUGUGGGAGUGAUGAGAGCUUUCUCCACUGCAACAGAAAACAGAAGCAGCAGCGCUCAUAAUAAUAAGGUGUCGAAUAAGCCACCAAUAUGCACCGCCGACGAGCUCCACUACGUCUCCCUUAAUGCUUCUGAUUGGAGACUUGCUCUCUGGCGCUACCUUCCUCCUCCCCAGGCUCCAAGGAGAAAUCAUCCGCUUCUGCUGUUGUCUGGCGUAGGGACUAAUGCCAUUGGAUAUGAUCUUUCGCCUGAGUCAUCAUUUGCUCGCUACAUGUGUAAUCAAGGAUUUGAUACUUGGAUUCUUGAAGUUCGUGGGACUGGGUUGAGCGUGCAGGAAUCAGAUUCCAAAAUUAUUGAGAAGUCUGCGCACACAGCAUCUAAUGAGAUGGAAGCUGUCACUGAUAAUGCUAAUGAUAGAGGUCUUUCUGCAUCACAGCAGUCCACAGAUAUCCAGGGCGCCUCAGAAAAGCAUGAUGCAGCCUUGGUCAAAGAAGAGCCCACUGUGGUUUCAACAGUAUGGGAUGAGUCACGAGUGGUGACCAAACUUACACAAGCUUUUAUGUGCUUAUCAGAGAGAGUCUCUGGCUUUGUCAGUGGAAGUCAGUCGAAGAUUGUCUCUGCUAGACUUGUUCAUCAAAUAUCAAAAUUAGAGGAUUCUUUUCUUUACAAACGGGUUAACGCAAUAAGGAAGAAAUUGUUAAGUUUGCUGGAGACGAGGGAGAAAUCAGCUGUCCUCACUAGCCAAGCCGGGGAGCUGAGCAAAAAGCUAGUAAAUAUCUUUGAAGAAGGUCAACGUUCUGUUUCAUCCCCAUUAUUUGAUCUGCAAGAGCGUCUAACAACUAGAAUAGGAGCUUUUCAGGAACAGCUUGGCUUAAUCCUCAAGUAUGAUUGGGACUUCGAUCAUUACCUGGAAGAGGAUGUCCCUGCUGCGAUGGAAUAUAUAAAGGUCCAAACUAGACCAAAGGAUGAUAAACUACUCGCAAUUGGACAUUCUAUGGGAGGAAUAUUACUGUAUGCCAGGCUAUCAUGGUGUGGUUUGGAAGGGAGAGAGCCGGGAUUAGCUGCUGUUGUUACUUUAGCUUCAUCUCUUGAUUACACAUCAUCUAAGUCCGCACUCAAACUGCUUCUACCCCUUGCUGAUCCUGCUCAGGUUCUCAACGUUCCUGUCAUUCCUCUACGGACAUUACUGGCUGCUUCUUAUCCUCUUUCAUCUCGCGCUCCUUAUGUCUUGGCUUGGCUUAAUGAAAUGAUAUCUGCCACAAACAUGAUGCAUCCAGACUCGCUGAAAAAGCUUGUGCAGAACAGCUUUUGCAAUAUUCCUGCUAAACUUCUUUUGCAGUUGGCUACAGCUUUUCAGGAGCAAGGGCUCCGUGAUAGAAGUGGUAAAAUUUACUACAAGGAUCACCUUCACAAAAGUAGUGUGCCUGUCUUGGCUCUUGCUGGAGAUCUAGACCAGAUUUGCCCACCGGAAGCUGUAUAUGCAGAAACGGUGAAGCUUAUUCCUGAGAACUUGGUGACCUACAAAGUGUUUGGGGAUGCUGAUGGGCCACAUUAUGCUCAUUAUGACUUGGUGGGAGGACACAUGGCCACAGAACAAUUGUAUCCCUGCGUAGUCCAAUUUUUAAGCCGAUAUGAUGGGACCAGCUAGUAGAUGUAUAUGUAUUCACAAUCAUUCUUUGGAUGCUGAGCUUCAUGUCAUCAGCCAGCAUGUUUGUUACUCAUCUCGUGCUCGUUUAUCAUCACUACUCAUAUCCGAAUGAUGCUAUAAACAAGUGAGAUUUGGCUAUACUACAUGAUUUGCUGACCUCUUCAUUGCAAUGUGCCACAUCGGUGAGAGGGUCCAUUAUUGUAUUCCCUCUAUUUGCGAGGUGAAAUCUUAAUUGUAAUUAUGAACCUUCUCUGUUUUUUUUAGGGGACGUGUGAUGCGUGGAACCUGGGGAGAGCUCAUGCACAGGAAGGAAUUUGACAAAUGUGGUUUACAUCAACCUUGUAAUAUCCUUGUUUCUGGUUGCUUCUGAUCGGAGUUUUUACAGGCUUCUUUCUUUUAUCCUUUAUCUACAUUCCACUUAUUUUCCAUCUAUUAUUUGGUUUAUUUGUUU